AUGGUUUUUUGCUCAAUGCGACUUUGUUUAUUUAUUAUUUUGGCUGGUGUUGGAAUGAUUUCUGCUGUUUUGGGAUUUUUGGCAUUUAUUUUUGUUCCGAAAUUUAUUGAAUGUCAAGUUAAAGAGAGAACGUUUUUGGGAAGAGAACAAAAUGGGACAGAUAAUAUUGUUUUGAAGAAUUUCCGCGAUCCUCCUUAUGACAUUAAACUUCAAAUUUGGACAUUUUCUACUCAAAAUGUUGAUGACGUAAUUAAUAAAGGAAAAAGGCCGAUUCUUGAAGAAAAAGGGCCUUAUACUUUUAGUGUUUUACUGCACAAAGCAGACGUUAAUUUUUCUUCAAAUGACACUCGUUUAUUCUUUCGCAACCAAAAAAAAUAUUUUUUUAAUGCUAAUGAAUCGUGUGCUAAUUGUAGUUUGUCUGAUCAAGUUUUUGUUCCGAAUAUACUUUUUCAGGUUUUUUGUUUAUUUUUAAUAAGGGCUUUGGAUUUUUUUGGUAAAAAUAUUUAAAAAGAGUGAUAGUUAAUUUGUUAGAUUAUCUUCUGAAAAGUCGGUAUAUUUUGGAUAUUAGUGGUACCUUACGAAAGCUCAGAGAAUUUGCUAUAAAUCAUACAAAAUUGAAAAA